UAGGAAAUUCCCAUACACCUUGGAGGCACAACCACUGAAAUGUAUACCAACAUUUCAGUGAGUACAACACUUGCAACAAGAACAAUUUCAAAUAUUUAAGUUUUUCUCUUUUGUUCCCAUCAAUAUGACAGCUCACGUAAUGUGCAUAUCAUCUGCAGGAGGAAUUCCAAUAUUUAUCAGGAAAAAGGGAGAUGGAGAUAUGUUGACUUUUUCAAAAAUGGCAUCACUGAAUGGAGUCCACAUGUUUUUGAAAUCCCAGAACAUGGAACUACUGCGCACAGAUAUGCCGGACACAAGUGUAGUUUGGAAGGAGUUCGAAGGAAGCAUCUUACUGAUAGCAAUUGCUAGCGGAACGACUAACAAUGUUUUGAACAGAUUCUUGGAUGCAGUGUUUAGUGCAAUGGUCCUCAUCGUUGGUAUUGACGAGAUAAAGAAUCUACGAAUUAUAGAAAGGCUCAAGAGGGACUUACGAGUCUGUAAUCCAAUAAUUGAUAGACUUUUGGAAAGUCUUGACAUUGGAGAUCGGAUUUGUGCCAAAACUGAUCUAAUCGACAUGACUGAGACUAUUAUGAGCCCAGAAAAUCACUUACUGCAGAGCUGCCUCGAGGGAUACAUGGAAUGUCUUGAUUCAUUGUAUGGCUGUGUUUUGGUACACGGUUGCUUAGCCGUUGCUACUGAGAGUUGGUGGUCUCUUGAUCCGAUUGAGAGGAAACUUUUAAUUAUUGCAGCUACGACUGAAGGGAUCUGUACAGCUAGAGAUUUUCCAGUAUUUCUACCAAAUAAAAGUCCAAAUGUUGCCUUCAGGCUGGUGUCUGUGACCUUAGUUAACCACGUUGAAGUCUUAGCUUUAUGUGGACCCACUCCUGAAUUAGCUGACACUGAACGAUUAGCAAUUCAAUGCUGGCGGAGUAGUAUUGAUAUUCUACGAGCUGUAGAACAAUGUUAUCCCAGAAAUUUCCCUACUAGCAUAUCUUUGGAUUCUGAGAUACUUGGAUUCUUAUUAGUAAAUCAUGUAGUAGGAAAGUUUAUUCUGAGUCGUAACUCGCAGAACUGCAAGAACCGAGUCAGUGGUACCCAUAGACUAGACAUUCUACGAACAUUUUAUUACCAAGCUGUAGAAACCUUUCUACUGGCUGCAUCAUUUUCUGAACAGGGAGCUAUGGAAAAUGAUCACCUAUCGCAGCCAUCUACGACUAGAGGUCAAGAUAAAUUUGAAGGAGCUAAAGAAACAUACUGGUGUUCGGAAUACCACAAGUGUCAUGCUCUAAAAGAAGGCGAUCAUGUAUUCUGUGUUUUAUACACUUCGAUAGUUCCCACUCACACGAUGAGACUGAUCACCCAAAAGACAAUGAAAACGUUACUGGCAGAUAAACAAGUCUUCUGAUAA